AUGUCGACAAUCGACAUCCAAGUUUCCUAUCUUGUUGCCGUUGACAGUUCCAUAGUUUUCUCUUUUUCGGCGAGCGUCGUUGGUUGAAGCUCGCCAUCAUGGUGAACAACCGUGUACCGUCGGUCUUUUCGAAGACUUAUGUCACGCCGCGUCGUCCAUUCGAGAAGGCGCGUCUCGACCAGGAAUUAAAAAUCAUCGGUGAAUAUGGUCUCCGUAACAAACGUGAAGUUUGGAGAGUCAAGUACACGCUCGCCCGCAUCCGUAAGGCUGCCCGUGAGUUGCUCACAUUGGAAGAGAAAGACCCCAAAAGGCUUUUCGAAGGCAAUGCACUUCUCCGUCGUCUGGUGAGGAUUGGAGUAUUGGAUGAGAAGCAGAUGAAGCUCGAUUAUGUGCUCGGUCUCAAGAUUGAGGACUUCUUAGAGCGUCGUCUCCAAACUCAAGUCUUCAAAGCUGGCUUGGCUAAAUCUAUCCAUCAUGCGCGUAUUUUGAUCAGACAGAGGCAUAUUCGUGUUCGUAAGCAAGUUGUCAACAUCCCAUCCUUCAUCGUCCGUCUGGACUCUGGCAAGCACAUUGACUUCUCCCUGAAGUCACCCUUCGGCGGCGGCAGACCUGGCCGCGUCAAGAGGAAGAACCUGCGCAAGGGCCAGGGCGGUGGUGCCACCAAUGAUGAAGAGGAGGAUUAGACCAUUAAAGUCACAUUUAUACCUUA